CUGAGAGCUACUCGGCUCACCUCACAUGGACUCUGGACAUACACCUCAUGGAAUGAGAAGCUGAAUAAGACAAAGAAGAAGAAGCAGAAGCUUUCUUCAUCCACUGACCACCCCUCGAAGGCCCGCAGGCCGCCAGCAGAGCUUCCUCCAAUCGAACGCCAUACCAGCCGGCUCGGAGACAAGCCACUCUGGCUUUCAGCCCCAAACGCGCCAUGGCGGAGCUGCGGCACUCGAGCUCGCUCGGGAGCCGCGCCUCCUCCUCGCCCAUGAAGCGCGACGACGAAUUGUCCCCUCUCGUCUCCGAGUCCCGCCCCGACGACGACGAUGAUGACGACCGCCAUUCCGCCAGGGAUCGCGACCGCGCCUUCUGGCAUCAGUUCCACUCCCUCUGCCCGCCUCACUUCGGUGACGAUCACAGGGUCUCGCCUUACAACUCCAGGAUCUCCAUGUUACUGCUCCUAGCUCUGGCUCUAGCUGGAUUGAUCUCCGUCUUCUCCAUCGUGAGCCGCUUGAAUGCCCCUUACCUAUGCAAAAAGGAUGGGAUUACACUUCACUGUCCUCAUGUCAAAGAGUCUCCUUCACUCUGGGAAAAUCCUUACUCAGCAACCACAUCUUGGAAGCCUUGUGCGGAGCGCCGCCCUGGAGGAAUAUCAGAUAUUCCUCGCGAGAACGAGACAAAUGGCUACAUAUUCAUCCAUGCUGAGGGUGGUUUGAAUCAACAAAGAAUUGCUAUUUGCAAUGCGGUGGCCGUUGCUAAAAUUUUGAAUGCUACUCUUAUUUUGCCAGUACUAAAGCAGGAUCAGAUAUGGAAGGAUCAAACGAAAUUUGAGGACAUUUUUGAUGUAGAUCAUUUCAUUGACUACCUGAAAGAUGAUGUUCGAAUUGUUCGUGACAUCCCAGAGUGGUUUACUGACAAAUCAGAGCUAUUUACCAGUAUAAGACGGACUGUGAAGAACAUCCCAAAGUAUGCAUCGGCACAAUUUUACAUUGACAAUGUUCUCCCUCGAAUCAAGGAAAAGAAGAUAAUGUCCAUUAAACCUUUUGUUGAUCGUCUUGGGUAUGAUAAUGUUCCAGCAGAAAUCAACAGACUCAGGUGCAGGGUGAACUAUCAUGCUCUGAAGUUUCUUCCUCAUAUAGAGCAAAUGGCUGAUUUACUUGCUUCAAGGAUGAGGAAUCGGACUGGCAGUACGAACCCCUACAUGGCUCUUCAUCUUAGGUUUGAGAAAGGAAUGGUUGGCCUAUCCUUCUGCGACUUUGUGGGAACAAGGGAGGAGAAAGUAAAAAUGGCCGAGUACAGGAAAAAGGAAUGGCCUCGGCGUUAUAAGAACGGUUCUCAUUUAUGGCAGUUGGCCCUUCAGAAGCGGAAAGAAGGCCGAUGCCCUCUUGAGCCGGGGGAAGUGGCUGUUAUCCUUCGAGCUAUGGGUUAUCCUAAGGAAACUCAAAUCUAUGUUGCUUCUGGGCAGGUCUACGGUGGUCAGAAUCGAAUGGCCCCUCUAAGAAACAUGUUUCCAAGUCUGGUGACGAAGGAAGAGUUGGCGACUCAGGCGGAGCUAGAGGAUCAGAAAGCAGUCAAUGACAGCCAGCUUGACAAGUAUCCAAACUUUGACCCUUACAGGCUGGGCCCCUUCGUUGAGGACGUUGGUGCACCAGACACACUGAGCCACUUUUCCACUGAUUUGGGGAAUCCUUAUGUGUCAGUUAAGCAUGAUUGUGUAUUUGGCGAUGACUUGGAUUUGGACGAGAUAACCUAUGUCUCAGAUGUACAGCCCACUUCCUCGUUCUGCAGCAACUUAAACGCCCCAUUCUCUAUUCCCUGUCUCCUGGAACUAGUGUGA